AUGGUUGAUGAAUAUCAAGACACAAAUCAUGCUCAAUAUCAUUUGCUCAAACUAUUAAGUGAAAAGAAUAAGAAUCUCAUGGUGGUGGGAGAUGAUGAUCAAUCGAUCUACUCCUGGAGGGGAGCGAGAAUAAAAAACAUUUUAGAUUUCGAGAAAGACUUUCCAAAAUGCAAGGUCAUUCGGCUAGAAACUAAUUAUCGUUCUACGGCAAAUAUCAUCGCCUGCGCUAAUAAUCUUAUCUCAAACAACCUUGAGCGCAAGCAGAAGAAACUCAUAGUUGCUUCUUCUUCUAAUCGCACACAAACACAACAAGGAGAAAAAGUGCUUGUUCAUGAAGCAGGCAAUCCAUUAGAAGAGGCAACCAAAGUUGCUGAUGCCAUUCGUGCUAAGAUGUUCAAGGACAACCUUAACUAUGGAGAUUUUGCCAUUCUUUAUCGUGCAAAGCAUCAAAAUAAACCGAUCAAAGAAGUUUUCGCUCAACGGAAAAUUCCUUAUCAAGUUUGGGGAGAAAUUGAUUUUUUUAAUCGACAAGAAAUCCGUGAUUUGAUUGCACUUGCGAAGCUCCUAACACAUCCCCAAGACGAUUUGAGCUUUCUCAGAAUGAUUAAUAAGCCUAGGCGGAUGCGGGAGGUUUGCCUUCAAAAACUACUUGCUUUUGGUAGUGAAAUUCAUAGCAAUAUCUACGAACUAUUUCACUCCCAAGAAAAGAGUAUUCAAAAAAAAAUUGAUGAAAUUUUAAAACCAAGUGAAAAGGAUAAGUUAUCUGUUUUUUUCCAUUUCAUUGAUAGCUACCAAAACCUUCAAGGAGAAAAAACUUCUGAAGGCUUCAAAAAAUUCAUUAACGAUGUUGAAUACAUGAGUUACCUUCACUUGGUUAAAGAAAAAGAAGAGACUCUACAAAGAAGAGAACAAAAUAUUGAACAGUUUUUUGUAAUCAUCAAAAAAUAUUUUGAUAACAAAAAACAAUCAGGUUUGAAAAGUUUCAUUGAGCAAAUUUCAAUCGCCUAUCAAAAGGAUCUUGAUGAUCAAGAUGAAAAAAAUGUAAAGAAUAUGGUGAACCUACUCACUAUUCAUAAUGCAAAGGGAUUGGAGUUUCCUCAUGUUUUCAUUGUUGGUAUGGAAGAGAACAUUUUACCCUUUUUUAAAGAUGGUUUUCCCACUUCACUUGAAGAAGAAAGACGGCUUUGUUAUGUUGCGCUCACUCGAGCAAAGGAGUCUUGUACUCUUUCUUUGUGUAAGAAAAGAAAAAGUUUGGAAGGAGAGGUUUCUAACUCACCUUCUCGAUUUUUAAAAGAGAUCCCCAAUGAAUUCCUUAUUCGCCAAUAUAGAGGAUUCAAUGAAAAAAUUCCUGAACCAAGCGAGAAAGAAAAAAUUGAAAUGAGUAAAAAAGCCUUUAGCCGAAUGAAAGAAAUUUUGAAUAAGUCAUGA